GGCUAAGUUGUGUAAACAAUUGGGCCUUAGAUUUCGAAGCCUAGCCCAUAAAAAAUGCUGAUUCCGCCAUUCAUUCAAGUGCAGUUCCGCCAUUAAAAUGGUUGAAUAAAAAAAAUCUUUUGAUGAUUAUCUUCUCCUGAAAGCUCUCUACUUGGCUGCAAAUGCAAUGAAUUCGUUAGCGUUUUCAGUUGGGCGCUACCACACUCCCGGGAAAACUAAGCUCAGCACAACGACAGCCGUGAAGAAUGCUCGAACAACCGAAGCACCAACUGCCAAGUUCCCAACUCGUCACCAAGUAGAAGGCUCCUCCCAGUCCCAACAACUGCAGCUUAAUCAGGAUCAGAUUUUGGUCCGCCGGAGGGAAGCGAUAGGCGUCGGAUUCGCGGCGCUCAUCGGCGCUGUGUUUCAAGGGCGGCCCACAGCAGAAGCGGCAGAGACAGCUUCAUGUCAAUUCACUUCGGCACCGUCGGGCCUCGCCUUCUGUGACAAGGUCGUCGGGACUGGCCCGGAGGCGGUGAAGGGGCAAUUGAUUAAGGCGCAUUACGUUGGGAAAUUGGAAAAUGGGCAGGUCUUCGACAGCAGCUACAAUCGCGGCAAGCCCCUCAGUUUCCGCGUCGGAGUUGGUGAGGUGAUCCAAGGCUGGGACCAAGGAAUUCUUGGGGGUGAUGGAGUACCUCCUAUGCAAGCUGGGGGAAAACGCAUAUUGAAACUUCCACCAGAACUUGGGUAUGGCGUUAGAGGGGCUGGCUGCAGAGGAGGUUCAUGUGUAAUCCCUCCCAAUUCGGUUCUUCUGUUUGAUGUGGAGUUCAUCGGGAAGGCUUAAUCCUCUGGUAAAGGUGCUUCUACUGCUAGAGCAAGGAAUGGCGGGAGCUCUGCAUUAUCGUGGAAGACGACAGAUGGAGCUAUGGAGGCUUCAUCCAAUCACCCCAUCCAUUUGGUUUCGUGUUAUUUGGCCUGGUUUGUUUGUGUCUUUGUGAUUAUCUUUGUAGACGGAUGAAAUAUGACCAAUGAUCCUUUAGCAACGAGUUUAAUUCGUCGUAAUAUUGUUGUCAAAAAUAAUUUUGAUGGAUUGUUAUGGUAAUGGGCCGAGCUGUGUUGGGCUGUUGGACCAGUGGCC